AUGGCGACCGUACAGAAGUUUCUAUCUGUCUCAAGAUCACAGCUCAGCAGAGCGCCCCACUACACCAGACGCUACCAUAGGGGAGGUCUGGGUCAGGACGUAUACAUCGUGAGUGCUGCACGCACACCUAUCGGCAGCUUCAGAGGUAGUCUGUCAGCACUGCCAGCCUCCAAGUUGGGCUCUAUUGCUAUCAGUGCAGCAGUGGACCGAGCUGGGAUACAGGCAGAGCAGGUGAAUGAGGUGUACAUGGGCAAUGUGUUACAAGCAGGACAAGGUCAGGCCCCGGCCAGACAGGCCACCCUGGGGGCGGGGCUACCACUGUCAACCCCCUCCACCACCAUCAACAAAGUGUGUGCUUCAGGCAUGAAGGCUGUGAUGCUGGCGAGUCAAGGUCUAGCAGUUGGCACUAACGAGGUGAUGAUAGCCGGGGGUAUGGAGAGCAUGUCCAACGUUCCCUAUUACCUGGCGACGGGACGGGCUGGGUUUGGGUACGGCCAUCAGACCGUCGAGGAUGGGAUCGUCAAGGAUGGACUAUGGGAUGUCUAUAAUCAGUUCCACAUGGGUAACUGUGCCGAGGACACUGCUAAGAAGUACGAGGUGACUCGGGAGGCACAAGACGAGUAUGCACGGAGGUCCUACACCAACUCAGCCAGAGCCACUGAGAGUGGGCUGAUGGAGAAGGAGAUCAUACCUGUCACAAUACCAGGGAAGAAAGGAAAGCCUGACAUUGUUGUGAAGAUUGAUGAAGAGUUCUCAAAAGCGGACUUCACCAAGUUCCCUAAGCUCCGCCCAGCGUUCCUCCCAGCAGAGGAGGGUGGUAGUGUGACGGCUGCCAAUGCUAGUACACUCAACGACGGUGCUGCUGCCCUCGUCCUCAUGACUGAUGCAGGUCUCAAGAAUACUGGAGCACAACCUCUGGCCAGAAUAGUCGGAAUGGCGGACGCUGCUCUGGCUCCCAUUGAUUUCCCCACUGCUCCAGUAGCAGCCAUGAGCAAAGUGCUCUCCCUGUGUGGCCUCACGAAGGAUGACAUCGCAAUGUUUGAGAUCAACGAAGCUUUCUCAGUCGUAGCAUUGGCUAAUAUCAAACUGAUGGAGCUGGAUCCAGACAGAGUCAACGUUAACGGAGGUGCUGUGUCGUUGGGCCACCCAAUUGGAAUGUCUGGCGCUCGAUUGGUCGGUCAUCUGGCACACAAUCUGUUGUCAGGGCAACGGGGGCUGGCGGGGAUAUGUAACGGAGGGGGAGGGGCCUCGGCAAUCAUCAUAGAGAGACUGUAACCAAGCAACUCGUGACUUGUGUACAAUCUAUAUAAUUAUUUGUUUGUCUUUUUGUAUCAUGUAGCAGCUUGCGUCUAUAAUUAAUUAUAGACAGACUGUCGCUAUAUAAUCAUUAUAUUUAAACAGCAGUUUAAUAGUAAUAAUAAUAUUAUGAUAAAAA